AUGGCGCAAAAGGCCAUGUCAGCCAACCCUUUCAAGUACAUGACGACUGAAAAGUCACCCUUUUGGCGCAAAUUCAGGGAAGCGCUCGUCGUCAAUCCGGAGUCGAGUACUGGCGUACCUCUGGCGACGAGCAAUCGCUUUCCAACGCCUGGAUCGCGAGAAGAGGGCUAUCGCAUGCCCGCCAGCAAGGCGACCGAUCCUGCCUUUAAUCCAUACUACAAACGUGACUUUCGGCGGAUGUACCCCAAAGUCGAGAUGGUGACCCAAGAUCAUCUGUCCAACCUGCUCCUCGCCCAGCCAGAGGGAUUAGCAUUGCCCAAGCCGGGUGCAGCAAAAGUGGACAACAUCGCCUCGGCAGACGGCAAAUCGCUCGCCACGCUACCACAACCGCCACCUUCGCUCUCUUCGCUCUACUUCACAGAAGCCGCUCCCACCCAAUCGAGCUGGAAGCCGCCUCUGCCCCCGACGCAGAAGAAGAUCAGAUACGCGCAGAGCUCCGAACCGAUCAAUGCGGACGAACAUGCUUAUCAUCCUACUGUCAAUUAUGUUGCCUACUAGACUGCGCAAGCCGC